AUGACGUCCCCCCCUGAGGUUGACCUGGUCACCCGGCUACAGGUUGACGACUCUCAAAUCGGCACCCACGAGAUCGACGAAUCCCUCUACAGCCGACAGCUCUACGUGCUGGGUCACGAAGCGAUGAAGCGUAUGGGUGCGUCCAACGUGCUCAUCGUUGGUCUGAAGGGACUCGGAGUCGAGAUCGCCAAGAACAUUGCUCUUGCUGGUGUCAAGAGCCUGACCCUCUACGAUCCCACACCCACCGCCGCCGCCGAUCUAUCCUCGCAGUUCUUUCUCCAUCUCGAAGACAUCGGCAAGCCUCGCGAUGCGGUUACAGCCCCCCGUGUAGCCGAGCUGAAUGCCUACACGCCCGUUAGCCUCCACAAGUCCUCCGGCCUGUCCGAGAAUCUGUCGCAAUUCGACAAAUACCAAGUAGUCGUCCUGACCAACACGCCUUUGAAAGACCAGCUGGUUAUUGGCGAUUACUGCCACUCCAAAGGUAUCUACGUUGUUUGCGCCGAUACUUUUGGUCUGUUUGGCUCCAUUUUCUGCGAUUUUGGCGAGAAGUUCACCUGUCUGGACUCAACUGGCGAGAACCCUGCCAAUGGUAUUGUAGCAGGCAUCGAUGAGGAGGGGCUGGUCUCCGCUCUUGACGAGACGAGACAUGGUCUGGAAGACGGGGACUAUGUCACGUUCAGCGAGGUGGAAGGAAUGGAGGCCUUGAAUGGCGGAGAACCCCGAAAAAUCACUGUCAAGGGCCCUUAUACCUUCUCUAUUGGAGAGGUUUCCGGACUAGGCCAGUACAAGCGCGGGGGUCUCUACCAGCAAGUCAAGAUGCCAAAGUAUCUGGAUUUCAAGACCAUAUCAGCCGCCAUGAGGGAUCCUGAGUUUGUCAUGUCUGACUUCGCCAAAUUUGACCGACCUCAACAACUCCACGUCGGGUUUGAAGCUCUUCACGCUUUUUCUCAAGCACAAGGCAGAUUACCUCGGCCUAUGAAUGAAGAGGAUGCUACUGUUCUCGUGGCAUCCGCCAAGGCCUUUGUUCAGAAAGAAAAGCUUGAGGUUGAGAUCGACGAGAAGCUCAUCAAGGAGCUCAGCUACCAGGCUACAGGAGAUCUUAACCCCAUGGCCGCGCUCUUCGGUGGUCUCACGGCCCAAGAAGUGUUGAAAGCCGUCUCCGGCAAGUUCCAUCCCAUCAAGCAGUGGUUCUACUUCGAUUCCCUAGAAUCCCUCCCCACUUCCACCGCCCGAACCGAAGAGCUGUGUAAACCCGUCGGCUCGCGCUAUGACGGUCAGAUCGCUGUUUUCGGAAAGGAGUACCAGGAGAAGUUGUCCAAUAUUCGACAAUUCCUUGUGGGAGCUGGAGCUAUCGGUUGUGAGAUGCUGAAGAAUUGGGCUAUGAUUGGGCUUGGUGUCGGUCCCAAGGGUCAGAUUACUAUCACCGAUAUGGAUUCUAUCGAGAAGAGCAACCUCAACCGCCAGUUCUUGUUCCGACCAAAAGAUGUGGGUGGGAUGAAGAGUGAUUGUGCGGCGAAUGCUGUUGUCGCAAUGAACCCUGAUCUGACGGGCCAUAUUAUUUGCCUGAAGGAUCGAGUCAGCCCGGAAACUGAACAUAUCUUUAAUGAAGAUUUCUGGAAUGACCUGGAUGGUGUUACCAACGCGUUGGAUAACGUAGAGGCGAGAACUUACGUUGAUCGACGAUGUGUCUUCUUCCACAAGCCCUUGCUGGAGAGCGGAACCCUGGGUACCAAGGGUAAUACUCAAGUCGUUCUUCCCCGCUUGACCGAGUCUUACUCCUCUUCGCACGACCCCCCCGAGGAGUCAUUCCCCAUGUGCACUCUGAGGAGUUUCCCGAACAAGAUCGAGCACACAAUCGCAUGGGCUCGUGAGCUGUUUGAGGCGUCGUUCGUCAAGUCUGCCGAGACCGUCAACCUCUACUUGACUCAGCCUAACUAUCUGGAGACAACACUGAAGCAAGGCGGCAAUGAGAAGGCGACUUUGGAGACUAUCAGAGAUUACCUGGUGACAGAUAAGCCGCUAACCUUUGAGGACUGCAUUAUCUGGGCUCGAAUGCUGUUUGAAAAGCAGUAUAACAACGCUAUCCAGCAGCUCCUGUUCAACUUUCCCAAGGAUUCUGUGUCGUCCACUGGUACCCCAUUCUGGUCUGGACCAAAGCGAGCCCCUGACCCGCUUAAGUUUGACCCGAACAACGCCACUCACUUUGGAUUUGUUGUUGCUGCUGCCAAUCUCCAUGCGUUUAACUACAAUAUCAACACCAAGGGCAUUGACAAGGGCAGCUAUCUCAAGGUCCUCGACAACAUGAUUGUGCCUGACUUCUCCCCUGACUCUAAUGUUAAGAUUCAAGAGAAGGACAGCGACCCGGUCCCGCCUGCUAACCAGGGUGCCUUCGACGAUGAGUCCGAGCUGCAGAAGAUCACUGACAGCAUCCCGCCCGCUAACAAGAUGGCUGGAUUCAAGCUGACCGCCGUGGACUUCGAGAAGGAUGACGACACGAACCACCAUAUUGAUUUCAUCACAGCUGCAAGCAACCUACGCGCCGAGAACUACAAGAUCGAGCAGGCCGAUAGACACAAGACGAAGUUUAUCGCAGGCAAGAUCAUCCCAGCCAUUGCCACAACCACAGCAUUGGUAACGGGUCUGGUCGUUCUGGAGCUCUACAAGAUCAUCGAUGGAAAGACCGACAUUGAGCAAUACAAGAACGGAUUCAUCAACCUGGCGCUGCCGUUCUUCGGCUUCAGCGAACCCAUCGCGAGUCCAAAGGUGGAAUACAAGGGACCGAACGGCAAGGUGACGCUCGACAAGAUCUGGGAUCGUUUUGAGUCGGAGGACGUGACGCUGGACGAGCUCAUUGCCGACUUCGCCAAGAAGGGCCUCAGUAUAACGAUGCUAAGCUCCGGUGUUAGUCUACUCUACGCGUCCUUCUUCCCUCCCGCCAAGCUCAAGGAGAGAAAGAGCCUCAAACUCAGCCAGCUGGUUGAGACGGUGUCGAAGAAGCCUAUCCCUGAGCACCAGAAGGAGGUCAUCUUCGAGAUGGUGGCUGAGGAUGUGGAUGAGGAAGAUGUUGAGGUGCCCUAUAUCAAGGUCAAGAUCCGGUAG